UUCCAGGUCCUGGAAGGUCGUGGGGAACUUAAAAGAUGGCGGCCCCCACGGAGGACACUGAAGCUGUGUUGUCGGAAAACGAAACGAACGAAGAGGAGGAAGAUGCUGAAGAGGAACCCAAAGAGCCGAGGGUUCGAGAGACACCCGAGGACAUCCGAUUCGAAGCCAUCGUGAACACCGUGUCGUUCCACCCCACGCGGGACAUCCUCGCGACGGGCGACAUCGACGGAGAUAUUUAUGUGUACUCCUACUCGUGCACAGAGGGGGAGAACAAGGAGCUCUGGUCAUCCGGUCAUCAUCUCAAGUCCUGCAGGGAGGUGGCUUUCUCACAGGACGGCCAGAAACUUUUCAGUGUGUCUAAGGACAAGUCUGUUCAUAUUAUGGAUGCUGAGGUGGGAAAACUGGUCUCCCGCAUCCCCAAGGCCCACAGUGUCCCCCUCAGCACCAUGUUGCUAAUAGAUGAGAACCUGUUAGCUACGGGGGAUGACAACGGAACCUUGAAGGUGUGGGACAUGCGGAAGGGGACCGCCUUUAUGGAUUUGAAGCAUCAUGAAGAUUACAUAAGCGACAUCGCCAUUGACCAGACGAAGAAGACCUUGCUCACGUCAAGCGGUGACGGUACGAUGGGUGUGUUCAACAUCAGGAGGCGACGCUUUGAGCUGUUGUCAGAGUUCCAGAGUGCAGACCUGACGUCCGUGGCCAUCAUGAAACGCGGUAGGAAGGUCGCUUGUGGUUCGAGUGAGGGGACGAUCUAUCUCUUCAACUGGAAUGGUUUCGGAGCCACCAGUGACCGUUUUGCAGUGAAGGCAGAGUCUGUGGAAAGUAUUGUCCCCGUCACCGACAGCAUCCUGUGCGCCGCCUCCAUGGACGGAGUGAUAAGGGCAAUCAACCUUUUGCCAAAUCGGGUGUUGGGGAGCGUGGGUCAACACGUUGGGGAGCCUAUCGAACAGAUCGCUUGCUCACGCGAUGGUCACUUCUUGGCAAGUUGUGCCCAUGACCAGCUGGUGAAGUUCUGGGACAUUUCAAAGCUGCCUGACAUGGUGGUCAGCGACUACCGCCAAAGGAAGAAGAAAGGUCGAACCCUCAAGUCUCUCAGCAACAAGGCUUUUGGAACAGGGGACGACUUUUUCAUGGGCCUUGUGGAGGAGACUGAAGCAAAAAAGGAUGAGGGAGAAGAGGAAGAGAUGGGACAGGAGAGUGACAGUGACACCGAUAGCGACUGAAAAAGAAGGUGGUUCUUUCAAGUUAACACAAGACAGUGUGAAGGAUCACAUUCUUCUGACGGAAUGAUCCUGGUCUUUGUGAGCACCUUUGAACAAUGACAAGUGAUGUUCCUGCUGUAAAGUAGUAUAAAUGGAUUGCUGGGCUCUUUUGGAUCCAUCGUGUGCUGUGGAAAAGGUGGAAUGGCUGUUCUGGUUGAGCUGAGCGCUCUGAGACAUUUACGCUGAUUCAUUAUCAAGCGCUUUAAUCCAAAGCCACGUACAAUGAUUAUGGACCACUUGGAUGACACCUUUUAUCCACAGUGACUUAGGGUUAGAUACACUACGUUAAACUCCUUACAGCCAUUCACCCUUGUAUACAGCAGAGCAAUAUAACACCCAUUCAUGUGCUCCAGCCAAUCAAGGAAUCAACUAAUUAAGUCACUCGUUUCUCCGAUAGACAUGGCGAGAACCAGCAUCACCAUGCAGUCUUUGCAUGUGCAGUUUGGGUUGGUCUCAGCCCCUUUACCCCCUGUAUCCUAAUUUCACCUGUCCACCAAUCUCUGUAAGAAUGACCUCUGUUUGGACUU